AUGGCUACGCAAAGGUUUUGUUUGAGAUGGAACAACCAUCAGUCAAAUAUGUUAUCCGUAUUUGAUCAGCUACUGCACGCAGAAACGUUCACAGAUGUGACGUUAGCGGUCGAUGGCCAAUUUCUUAAAGCACACAAGAUGGUUUUGUCGGCCUGCAGCCCAUAUUUCCAAGCACUGUUUUUGAAUCAUCAAGAGAAACAUCCUAUUGUAAUAUUAAAGGAUGUCCCUUACUCAGAUAUGAAGUGUUUAUUAGAUUUCAUGUACCGGGGCGAAGUAAGCGUUGAUCAAGAACGUUUGACCGCGUUUCUGAAAGUAGCUGAGAGCCUAAGGAUAAAGGGCCUGACUGAGGUUAACGAGGAGAAGUGCGAUAUACCGGCUCUGACCAACUCGCUGAUCCAACAGCAGCAAACUGGUGGGAGUGCACACACCCCCCCGCCGCAGCUUCACAGAAUACAUCCGUAUAUGCAUCAGAAACGACCGGCAUCUGGAAUGCCCAGUGGAGGCGCGCCUCCCAACUUGUUAAUGCCUUUAUUGGGCAACGCCCUAAUGCAACCAAAAAGGAAACGAGGUCGGCCGAGAAAGCUCAGUGGAAGUUCUAGUGAUGCGUUGAAUACUGCAGCGAGCCCGCCGGGCGAGUUCAUUCCGGAGACCGCGUCGCAUGCCCCUUCAAACAGGGCCGCCGAUCAGUUGAUCAGGGGGUCACCGGAAAUGCUCGAGGUCAAAAUGUCUAUGGACGGCUUCAGUGCAGAGGACGGUGCGACAUCUGGUGGCGAAGAAGCAGGAGAGGCUCUUAUGAUCGACGAGGGCGACGAUGCGCAGUCUAACGAAGCCCCGACCUCUGGCAAGGACUCCGAGUCUGCAGGACGUGGCACACCCGAACUUGACACUAAAGAUAUAAAAUACGCACAGUCCCCGUCAAGCGAAGGACAUGGAAAAAUACGUGUAAACCCCGUGACACAGAACGCUUCAACGUCUGGGGAAUAUCAUAACGACUCUAUUAAUAAUAAUACUUUACAAACAGGUGGCAACCAAAGACCUGUUGCCAGGAGAAGAUUACGGAGAAGAGCGAACUCUGCCUCCAACGACCCAGCGGAGCAACUGACGGAAAUGUCGGUACGGGGCCUAAACUUAUUCAGAUACGCUUCCGUAAAUGAGGGGGUAUAUCAAUGCAUAGAGUGCGCUAAAGAAAACAUCCAGAAGACAUUCAAAAACAAAUAUUCAUUCCAGCGGCACGCCUUUCUUUACCAUGAGGGUCAACAAAGAAAAGUCUUUCCGUGCCCCGUAUGCUGCAAGGAGUUCUCGAGACCCGACAAAAUGAAAAACCAUAUGAAAACAACACACGACUGUUACGUGCCAAAAGAUUGUGUUUAUCCAACUAACGCAUUUUUCAUGAUACCAGGAAUGGAAGGUCAACUGCCGCCAGGGCUAAAGCUAGAAGCCAUCGGUUCUGGUUCGCCUCGCGGCUCUACACCUUCGCAUUCUUCUCCUGAUCCUACGCAAGUUUAA